AUGUUCCAGCAGCACGAGUCUUACCGGAAGGCGACUUGCCUUUUCCUUGCCACUCUCGAGCACGAGCCCUGCGUCGCCGGCAGACCACAUCCGACGGCAGUGACGGGUACAUCAGGCCACUGGACGGAGACACCAUCUCUCAUACGGAGAGAUCGACCGAACUCUUUCUCUGCCGCCAGGCAACCGUCUAGGCCUCGACGUCGACCGCGACGAGAUGUCCGCACUUUGGGGGACGAUCGCGUUUGGGGAGUACUUCUCCUCAAUGCGAAGUCCGCUCAGAUCAGGAGCCCGCCGGUCCGCUACUUCCACAAGGCGAUCGCCAACACGCUCUUUUCCCGACAGGCCACCGGGAACGUCACAGAGACAGAGAUGGCCAUGAUCGACGUGGCACUCACAGGCAUCCCGUUGAGACUGAUCAACGGGACCCAGCUCCGAGGCAGCAGAAGACGUCAGACGCCAGCCGCUCCUGUACCAGUUCACUCACGUUGCUCCCCAGCCCCAGCUGGACGACGAUCAGAGGAGGGUCCAACAUCGAGUUCAACCCACCUCAGUCCGCUCUCUACACCGGAGAUCGACCGACCGCUAGGACUACGCCACACCUCAGGCGACCACACACCGCGGCGAUCCGUCUCACGAGCUGACACCACGCAGACGGACGAGCUCGAGCACUUGCACUUCGCCGGCUACGCCACCACUGCCAGACAGACCGCCGGACUGAAGGCGGCUCACCAGCACAUCAGCAUUCUUCAGCGGUGGAACAAGGCGCAGGACAAGAUCACCAGCAAGCUCAAGAGCAAGGAGGUGUCCACAGGACCGCAGUCGGUCCACGCCAGGCGAUCCCCUCUGAGGACGACGACGAGCCACCACGACACCACCGGCGGACGACCACUACCUCCUGAGCCACCACGACACUCUUCCUUCGAGCCGCGACAGCAGCGGAAGAGGCGCUUUGGAGAGCCGCAGGCAGCGAGACCAUCAGGCGCAGGAGCUGACGCAGACUUGCCAUUCAGGCGAUGCAGCUCCACUUCGAGGCCGACAGCGCCGACAGACCACACACCGCCGACGAGAGCUCCGCCGGACCAGUACGUGCCUUACACCACCGAGCGAGCUGCGCCUACCACCGUCCCUACUUACACGCAGGAGAGCAUGCAGGAGGAUCUCGACGACUUCAUCUACGGACGCCGCUGA